AUGCAAGGAGGAGAGGCAAAACUAUGCCAAAGGCGCAGCAAGACAUGGUCAGGGCCUUGUAUUAACACUGGCAAUUGCAGCCGUCAAUGCAAGAAUCAAGAGGAUGCUCGCUUUGGAGCUUGUCACAGAAAUGGCUUUGGAUUUGCUUGUUUCUGCUAUUUCAACUGCUAAAUGAGAACCAAACACCUAUAUGUUUUGUCUCUAUUUCUAAGAGUGUACUAUCAAAUAUGUCACAGUGUUGUGUGUUGUUUGAAUAAGGGUGUCCAAUUUACUAAAGUUGGAAGUACCCCUAGUUGUAUUG